GAGGAGGCGGGAACUGGACCACCGGACUCGGCGGCCGGGCUACUUGCGCAGCGAGCUUCGGGCGCGUGGCAGCCGGAGGCGGCGAGGGGCUCAACGGCCAGCGGCGGUCGGAGACGCGUUUGCGCGCGGCCUUGCGCUUCGCUUGGCCCUUGGCGCGGCCCUUGGAAGCUGAGGGACGGCACUCCUCCCUUCCCGCGCUCCGGCAGGCUCUCAGCCAGCCCCGAGUCUGUUUCGCGGACUGGACUUUAGGAGGCUGCUGGCCCGCAAGGUUUCAUCACCUCCAAGUCAGACUUCAGUUUCAGUUUUGUUACCAGGAUGGGAAUCCAUGGUUUGGCCAAACUGAUUGCAGAUGUAGCACCUGCUGCCAUUCGAGAGAAUGAUAUUAAGAGUUACUUUGGCCGGAAGGUAGCCAUUGAUGCAUCUAUGAGUAUUUAUCAGUUCUUGAUUGCUGUGCGUCAGGGAGCUGAUAUGUUGCAAAAUGAAGAAGGCGAGACCACAAGCCACCUUAUGGGUAUGUUCUACCGCACCAUUCGCAUGGUGGAAAAUGGCAUCAAGCCUGUUUAUGUCUUUGAUGGCAAACCCCCACAAAUGAAAUCGGGUGAAUUGGCUAAGCGCACCGAGCGCCGAACUGAGGCAGAGAAGCAACUGCAAGAGGCCAAGGAGGCAGGUGAGGAGGAAAAUGUAGAAAAAUUUAGUAAGAGGCUAGUAAAGGUAACCAAACAACACAAUGAUGAGUGCAAGAAAUUGCUGGCCUUGAUGGGCAUCCCCUAUGUCGAUGCACCUGGCGAGGCUGAAGCUAGCUGUGCAGCCCUAGUGAAAGCUAACAAGGUCUACGCAGCUGCUACUGAGGAUAUGGACUGCUUGACCUUUGGUAGCCCUGUGUUAAUGCGACAUCUUACAUCCAGUGAGGCAAAGAAACUGCCAAUUCAGGAAUUCCACCUAAACCGUGUCCUUCAGGAUAUGAACCUGACGCAUAAGGAGUUUGUGGACCUCUGCAUAUUGCUAGGUUGUGACUACUGUGAGAGCAUUCGUGGAAUUGGGCCUAAGCGUGCCAUAGAGCUUAUCAAGCAGCACAAGAGCAUAGAAAAGAUCAUUCAGCAAAUAGAUACCAAGAAGUACUCUGUGCCCGAGAACUGGCUGCACAAGGAGGCUCAACAGCUCUUCUUGGAGCCUGAGGUCAUAAGCCCAGAAGCUGUGGAGCUGAAGUGGAGUGAGCCAGAGGAGGAAGGGCUUGUUGCUUUUUUGUGUGGGGAGAAGCAAUUCAAUGAAGAAAGAGUCCGUAGUGGGAUCAAGAGACUGAAUAAGAGUCGUCACGGUAGCACGCAGGGACGACUGGAUGACUUCUUUAAGAUUACUGGUUCCAUCACUUCAGCCAAGCACAAAGAACCAGAACCCAAGGGACCUGCCAAGAAGAAAGCCAAGGGCAGUGGUGCAGCAGCAUCAAAGUUUAAAAGAAGAAAAUAAAAUUCUUGUCUGGAACAGCCAUUCCAUUCCACUCCAGGUCCCCUUAGGAACAAAACAUAUUAAACAGCAAAUGUAGGAGCUUAACGUAACAUAUUUUUGCUCUGUGAUACUCAAGAAAUGAGACAGCCGUUAUCAGGCUCCACCUCAGCCAAAACUGCAGGACACUGUUUUCACUGACAGAUGUUUGUUAACAUUAAUUAGUGUCCACAAAUACAGCCAUGCUGAAGGCUGCUAUGCCUGCCAAGUCACUCAAAAGGUGUUGCUCUUUCCACCAGGGGUGCUGUGAAUUAUCAGUGGUAGUUUACUCAUUGCACAAUGCUGGAAUGCCUUUAGUUUUGAGUUGUAGCUUCUAAUAAGUCUAGUAAAUAUAAAUAAAUUAAUAAAUAUGACAAAGUUAUUGUA